UUCAAACCCGCAACCGCACGAGUCGAAACGGGAGGACCGGCACUCUUUCGCGGAGGGGCGCGGCGGUCGGCCGAGGGAGGGCGGGAGGCGCGAGCAGGUGCGUUGCCGGGCGAAGGGGCGAUGCGCUGAGCGCGUCCUCCAAUCGAUGCGCUCCCGCUCGCUCUCCCUCCCCCGGGGCCCAACCGCCAUUUUGCGAGCUGAGGCCAGAAGGAACGAGCGGGGGAAGCCGCCGCCAGGAGAGCCGCCGCAGACCUCACUACAAUUACCAGGACAACAUGAGUGAUCUGGUUGCUGUCUGGGAAGUUGCUUUAAGUGAUGGUAUUCACAAGAUUGAAUUUGAACAUGGGACCACAUCUGGCAAACGAGUUGUGUAUGUAGAUGGAAAGGAAAUAAUGAGAAAAGAAUGGAUGUUCAAGCUUGUAGGAAAAGAGACAUUUAUUGUUGGGGAAGCCAAGACAAAAGCUACCAUUAACAUUGAUGCAGUCAGUGGCUUUGCAUAUGAAUAUACCUUGGAAAUCAAUGGAAAGAGCCUCAAGAAGUACUUGGAGAACAGGUCAAAGACCACAAACACUUGGAUGGUAACCCUGGAUGGAGCUGACUGUAGGAUCGUGUUAGAGAAAGACACAAUGGACGUCUGGUGCAAUGGUAAAAAAAUGGAAACAGCGGGUGAAUUCGUAGAUGAUGGGACAGAAACCCAUUUCAGUAUUGGAAACCAUGAUUGCUGCAUUAAAGCAGUUAGUAGUGGGAAGAGAAGAGAGGGAAUUAUUCAUAUGCUCAUUGUUGAUGACAGAGAAAUCCCAGAAGCUUUGGAAUAAUCUUCAGGUGUUCUGACUGCUACAGAUAAAAAGAUCAGGGAUUUUCAAUUACUGUGGUAAUUGACCAUUUUAAUAUGUACAACUGGGUACAUUUUGUAUGUGCUGCUUUAUUUUCUAGUUACUGUAUAUUAAAUUUAUUGGAGGAUCAGAUAAGAAUGUAAAAUUAUGUACAACC